AUGACAACCCCGUACAUCCGGGUACCUUUAGGCAGUCGAGGAAUUCACCAUGGUGAAUAUUCCGAAAACAAGACGUACGUUUUGCAAGCGGAAAUGUCGAAAGCACACUCUUCACAAGGUCACGCAGUACAAGGCUGGGAAGGCGAGUGUAUACGCUCAAGGGAAGCGACGUUAUGACCGAAAGCAGCGAGGGUACGGAGGUCAAACUAAACCAAUCUUUCGCAAGAAGGCAAAGACUACGAAGAAGAUUGUAUUGCGUAUGGAGUGCCAAGAGUGCAAAAUGAAGAAGCAAGUGCCGUUGAAACGAUGCAAACACUUCGAGCUCGGUGGGGACAAAAAGAGAAAGGGACAAAUGAUCCAGUUUUAGAUCUUGUUAUAUGUAGUGCUCAUCUUACAAGAACUACAGACUCUUCGUGUAGAAUAAUAUGUGGAUCUGUUCACCUAAUAAAACGUAGCGUGUACAGCCACUUUUGAAGAACCUAA